GGACUUCCGCCGGAAGCGGCUCCGGCAGUUGUUGUCUUCUGAUGUUUGGGGUCCGGUUGUGCAGAGGUUCGUCCCGCCUGGCGGGGUGAGGUUGCCGUGGAGGAGCAGGAACGCCGAAGUGCAGCCUAGACACUGGCAGCGAGAUGGACAUCCUGAAGUCAGAGAUUCUGCGGAAGCGGCAGCUGGUGGAGGACAGGAACCUGCUGGUGGAAAAUAAAAAAUAUUUCAAGCGGAGUGAACUUGCAAAAAAAGAAGAGGAAGCAUAUUUUGAAAGAUGUGGCUACAAGCCUAUAAAUGAGAAGCCGUCUGGAGAGAUACAGCCAAAAGAGGAUGACCAGAAACCACUAACGUCAUCAAAUCCCGUGCUGGAACUUGAACUAGCGGAGGAAAAACUACCCAUGACUCUUUCUAGGCAAGAGGUCAUCAGAAGACUGAGAGAAAGAGGAGAACCAAUUAGACUAUUUGGAGAAACGGAUUAUGAUGCUUUCCAACGGUUAAGAAAAAUAGAGAUUCUUACACCAGAAGUUAACAAGGGUUUAAGGAAUGAUCUGAAAGCAGCUUUGGACAAGAUUGACCAGCAGUACUUGAAUGAAAUUGUGGGUGGUCAGGAGCCUGGAGAGGAGGACACACAGAAUGACUUGAAAGUUCAUGAAGAAAACACCACCAUUGAAGAAUUAGAGGCACUGGGAGAGUCCUUAGGGAAAGGUGACGAUCAUAAGGACAUGGACAUCAUCACCAAGUUCCUGAAGUUUCUUCUCGGCGUUUGGGCUAAAGAAUUGAAUGCCAGAGAGGAUUAUGUGAAACGCAGCGUACAGGGCAAGCUGAACAGUGCUACCCAGAAGCAGACCGAGUCCUACCUCAGACCGCUUUUCAGAAAGCUCCGGAAAAGGAAUCUUCCUGCUGAUAUUAAAGAGUCCAUUACAGAUAUUAUUAAGUUCAUGUUACAAAGAGAGUAUGUGAAGGCGAAUGAUGCGUACCUUCAGAUGGCCAUUGGAAAUGCUCCCUGGCCUAUUGGUGUCACUAUGGUUGGAAUUCAUGCAAGAACUGGCAGGGAAAAGAUUUUUUCCAAGCAUGUUGCACAUGUUUUAAAUGAUGAAACCCAGCGGAAAUACAUUCAAGGACUGAAGAGGUUAAUGACAAUUUGCCAAAAGCACUUUCCUACGGAUCCAUCAAAAUGUGUGGAGUAUAAUGCAUUAUGAGAUCUAUAUACAGUGUGUACAUAACAGGAAGCCUCAGCAAGCAACAUGCGGACUUCUGGCCUUACCACACAACAAAGGAGGAGUUCUACAGUAGAGUUCCAUCGGAUGCAAUUCUUGUUGGUCUUAAGAACUGUGUUGGCUUUCAUAUGGUAUUGGGUUGCAAACAAAUUUUUGUGUGUUGCUUUUAUUUUAAUCAACUGAAAAAAUUAAAUUCUAAAGCUGUUGUCCAUAGUGUAAAUGUGUAGACAACAACAAGAAGGGGGUUUGAACUGACCUUUCUCCCCAGGACCCAAAGUGUGUCAUUAGAUAAUUAGAAACAUUUGAAAGUGGGUUUAAGCUUUCUGUAAAUUAUCAUGAUUUGCACAUUUCUCUCAUAUGGUAUUUAUAGAAAAUACUUUUUGUAUUUCAACAAAAGUGUAUGACCAUUGAAUGUUUCUUUACAGUUCUUAAAUGGUUUUUGGACUUCUACCAUCAUGCAAUAGAAUGUAAAUGUUACUGUUAAGUGUUAUUUUUCUUGUGUUUCAGACUUGCUUUUGUCAUCUUCCUGGACAGAUAGAAUUAACAGAGAUAGAAGGUUGAAAAGCAAAGAUGGUAUAUUACACCAGCAUAAGUUCAAAACACUAGAGCAUCUAGGUUAGGAUGAGGAUAUGGGCACUGUGCCAGCUGAAAGUGGCAGCCUCAUGACAGGGAUGCUGAAGAGGGUGGGGUUCCUGGCUUCACUGUGCCACACUCAGUCCUCACUGUGGCCUCACAAAAUGAGAACUUGUUCUGGGUCUCACAGGGUGGUUUUGCUCAUCUUGACCACUCAGAGAGGCGGGAGUGUGUGGGCCACAUCAAGACUAGCAGCUUCUCGGCUCCAUGCACUAACAGCAGUGGUGGACAAGUGACUUCAUCUUACCGGGCUUUGGCUUCUUAUCACAGUGGUGGUAAGAGUACACACCUCCUGUUGUUGUUGUAUAAGUAAAAUGCUAAGCCCACUGCCUGGCAGAGAACAAGAGAUCAUUAUUUUUGCAGUGUAGACCAAGGGCCUUUCUGAGCCCUGCCCUGUGGCUACAGUAGGAUAGUAUGAGCUGUGUAGUAAUAGCAAUAAUGAUUGUGUUAGCAGCAGUAGCAGCAAACGAUGGAAUUAAGUUUUUCCUGUCUUGUCUUGCAGCCAGGUCCAAGUUUAGAAGUGCAGAGAGUGGGAGCCUGAGGCUGCUGGAGGUGACUUAGAGUCACAGUUGCUUAUUCUGGUCUCUCUUGAGAAAGAGUGAAAGCCACUUUUGACUACUUAAGGUCCAAGGCUGUACACAGAUAGGACAGUCUCUCUCAGUUACUUUCAGGGAAGUAGGAAUUAGUGCCCCCCACCUCACUGUAGAAGUCUUUUCAUAUGAUAAUUAGGUAGAACUUUGGGGGAUUUAUUUGACUAAUGAGAAACUUUCAUGAGAUGUAUAACAAAUCCCUACCUGUGACUUGUGGUUUGUUAUAAAGGUCUUCUUUGUGAAUAUUGCUGGGUAAUGCCCAAAUCACUAUUCGUCAUCCACUGUCAGGUCACAGCAUGGUAAGUGAUUUUGUGUUGUUCCUUUCUGUUGUUGAUAUUCCACGUGAAGAAGACACUGUGUCAUGUGACUUCAGUACUUUCUGAAAGUGAUCAGUCUGGGUUGUUGUUGUUUUGUUUGUUUGCUUUUGAGGGGGUUAUAUAUUUUAUAGGACUGUGACUUUAGCCAUUCUGAGUUUGGGUGGAAGCAUGUUCAAAUAUGUGGCUCUCUCAGGAAGGUUUUUCAUAUCUUAAAUUAAAAAGCUAUAUAGAAACUCCUGGGAUAUGUAGAGAGAGGAUCUUUCAUUCAAGUCAUGGAAAUUAUACUUUUGCAUAUACUAUAUAUUUUUGUUUCAAUUUUUUUAAAACAAUAAAGAUAUACUUUUCCUUUUAAACAGUCACAAUUCUAAUGAAGCCUUUCCUGCCUCCCCAUCCUCCCAUCCAGAAGAACUGGGAUUUUCUGUAUUCAGAUUUAAUAAAAACAUCUUUUUUUUCCCUUCAGAAAUAAAUGCAGGUACUCCUUGACUUAAUGUAGGAUUAGUCCUGAUCAUAUAGGUGAACACAAAGUACAUUGAAAAUGCAUUUAAUGCCCCUAACUUAAUCAGCUUGUCCUAGACUUAAAUGUGCUCGGGACACUUACAUUAGCUUGUGGCUUGGUAAAGUCAUCCAAGACAGAGUCUAUUUUUGUACUAAAGUUCAUGUACUGUCUUGAAUGUUGUAUGUUGCUAUAGAUUAGUGUCAGUCAUUUUCUCUGAAGAUCAAGUUUGAGGGCUUGUAUGAAAGGACCACUAUCCAGCAUGAGAGAGGAUUAUAUGUGUGUAGCUAGCCAGGGAAGAGAUCCCCACCCCACCCCCAAGUUAAUGUUCCAGAGUACAGUUUCUAUUGAGUACUUUCUGCUCUCACAUAGUGUAAGGCGAGAACUUGUAAUUGGAGACUCUCUUUUCCUAGGAGUGUCACUGUCAACUGGAAGGAUUUUCAUCAUUAUAACAGCCUGGAGCAGGCAGCCUGCAGAAAUGGUCUUUCAGGGCUUGGUGGUGGGGAAUAAAGGAAAUAAAGCAGGGGUCUUGUCUAGAUAUUGUCGGAGGGAGGGUGAGGUCCUGGGAGAGUAGAGCGAGGUGGGCAGUGGUCACUAACAGAACCGGGAUCUGUUGUGGGCCCUCAGGACUGGCAAGUAGGGCCGAUAGUGGUAGGACUUGGCAGUCUGAAGUCCUUCCUUCUGGUGCUUUUUAAACUAGCUCAGUUCUUGAACCAUUCUGGGGUUUGACACCACUAAAUCAUUUCAGAAUGUAAACCUUUGUUAUUGCUGGGGAAAAGGAAUUCUGGAAAUAAACAGCCUUGGAAAGA